AUGCCUUUCGGACGCACCGUUCUCCUCAACACCGGCCACAAGUUCCCAACUUUGGGUUAUGGCACCUGGCAGUCCGCCCCUGGUGUCGUUGGCCAAGGUGUUUAUGAGGCCCUCAAGAUCGGCUAUAGACAUCUUGAUCUCGCCAAGAUUUACGAGAACCAAGUCGAGGUCGGAAAGGGAAUCAAGAAGGCUCUUGCGGAAAUCCCUGGCUUGAAGCGUGAGGACAUCUUCAUUACUAGCAAGCUGUGGAACAACAGCCAUCGGCCGCAAGACGUCGAGCCUGCUCUUGAUGACACUCUUCAAGAGCUGGGGCUUGAUUAUCUUGAUCUCUACCUCGUCCACUGGCCAGUUGCCUUUGCCCCAGGCAAGGAACUCAUUCCCAGAUCUCCAGGAAGCGGCGUAAUCCUUCUUGACAAUGGAGUCUCAAUUUGCCAGACGUGGAAGGCCAUGACCCAGCUACCUAAGAGCAAGGUUCGCUCAGUUGGUGUCUCAAACUUUGCAAUCGAGCACUUGGAGGUAAUCAUCAACGACUCGGGCAUUGUUCCUGCUGUCAACCAAAUUGAGCGACACCCUCGUAUUCCCAACCCUCCUCUAAUCAACUACUGCAAAGAGAAGGGCGUUGUCAUCACAGCUUACUCUGCAUUUGGAAACAAUUCCUUUGGCCUGCCGUUGCUCGUCAACGUCCCAGAGGUCAAGGCAAUCGCAGAGCGUCUCUCCCAGGCCCAGGGCAAGACCAUCACUCCCGCACAAGUCAUUCUCGCUUGGUCUCAGCUCAACGCCGUCAUCCCCAAAUCGGUCACGCCGGAGCGUAUCUUGGAGAAUUUCCAGGAAGUCGGACUUGAUGACCAAGCUAUCCGAGAUCUCAACAAGUUCGGCGAAAACCCGCAGCGACUCAACCUUCCCGGAUGCGAAUGGAAUAUCAAUAUUUUCGGAGAUGAGAAGGAAAAGAAUACCACGAAUCAGGUCGUCGUAAACGCGUAA